AUGCCAUUUAUCCCGCCCUACCUCUGCGACUCGCUGCCCCCCAGCGCAGUCCCCAUAGACCCCCCGCCCACCAGACCCCAGCCAGCACCCAGCCGCCAUGAACGCAGGCCAGAUGCCCACCUCCCCUUCCCGCCCUCCCACGCCCGGGGCAAAGCCACAAGCUCAUCUCUCGGUCUCGGCCUCCCCUCCAUCAGCACAAACGUAUCAGACCUCCUCCUGUCCUCCCUCCUCCCGCCGGAUCUGCCAAAGAUCCCCAGCGGCGGCAGGCCUUCCGGGGUCGGGGUCGGCACCGGCGGACCAAGGGAAUUGACCACGCAGCGAGAAGGACUCAGCGUACCAGUGCUGAGCAACAAUUUCAGGCGGUUCGUGACCAGGGUAGGGCCUAUUUUCUGGCUGCAGGACAGGGUCGAGGAGGUCGUCUUUUGGCGGAAACCGGUGUGGACGUGGGGCUGGAUGCUGGCGUGGGCUUUCAUCUGUUUCCAGCCGAGGGUGCUCCUCCUCCUCCCUUCUCUGGGUCUCCUUGUGCUCCUACUGCAUAUCCACGAGCGCAACCACCCCCUCCCAUCGCUCCUCGGCAUCAUCGCCCCAGCACCCCUGGCCACUACCCGAGUCGAGCAACAAGGCUCGGAGAAGGGAGAAGACAGCCCCGGUAGACUUGCCUACACCUCGACGACUACGAGGGACGAGUCUGGUGAAGUCAUAGGUGUGCCCGCCGUGCCGCCGAAGGAGGCCGAGAGCGGCGUCGACUAUUACAUGAACAUCCAAGCUAUCCAGAACCUCAUGGGUCUCGUGUCGGAUGCAUACGACUACAUAGCCCCCCGCUUCAACGUAAUCCAACACCCCUCCCAGAACACCUCCCCCACCUCCCUCCCCUUCACCCACACCCACCUCAUCCUCCUCCUCCUCCCGCCCACCCUCAUCCUCCCCCUCACCCCGCCCCAACUCUUACCAUACCUCCUCCUCCCACUCGGCCUCUUGCCCCCCUUGGUGUUCCACCCCAAUCUUACACCUUGGCUCCUUGCUCUCCCGCACGAUAGACGCGUGCGCAGGGUAAGGGAUCUAGUCGAACACUGGCUCUUGACAGACCGACUGCCGGAUACGUUUAGCGGCAAGACGAUAUCACAAGUAUGUGUAUGGGAGAAUGAGAGGUUGGACCCAAAGUUGCCUGCUCCGGGGCCGAUACCCCCGACAGCGUGGUCGUCCCGUUACUUACGACAGGGCGAUCGGCAGGCGUGGAUCAAAUCUUCCGAGCCUGCCCUCAACCUUGAAUCUUCGGCUGAGGACAAGGAAGGAGCAGGAUGUCUCUGGAAAUCAACAGAAACGACCCUCUCACCAGAAGCCGACGAAGGCGUCGAAGCCCAAGUGCUCGCUCUCAAACCGGGGUGGGAGUGGGUACCGGGGGAAGAAUGGAGAGUUGAUAUGUCGGGGGAGUGGAGUGGGUUUGGGAUUGAUGAUGAAGGAUGGUCAUACACAGACGACUCUUGGCAGAACGCCUCCCCGACGCCAUACACAGAAGCAGACGUGCCAAACACCAAUACUUCUUCUUCUGCUUCUGCGUUUGCGAACGCGUCGGCGUAUGGGUCGCUGAGUUUGGGCAGGGAUAUGCCGAAUUUGGGGUUGAGGCGGGUGACGAGGAGGAGGAGGUGGUGGAAAAGGGUUUAUCGGGUGGAGAGUUAG